AUGAACAUUUCGCUCGUCUUGAAUGGCGACGGACUUACGCACUUACUAGUGUUGGGUGUCUUUCUUCAUGUGCUAUACGUAUUAAGUAUCUUUGACAUUUACUUUACAUCUCCUGUGGUACAGCAUAUUGAAAGUAUCGCGUAUACUGAUGCACCACCUGCAAAGCGUGUGGUGAUUUUCGUCGCUGACGGCUGUAGAGCAGACAAGUUUUUCGAAACGAAUGCAUCAAGUACAGAGCUUCGCGUCUCGUUCUUACGCAAGAUCAUUGAGACACAAGGUAGUUGGGGAGUCUCCCAUACACGUGUACCAACAGAAAGCCGCCCUGGCCACGUGGCUCUUUUCGCCGGUAUGUAUGAAGACGUUAGUGCUGUGACGAAAGGUUGGGCUGAUAACCCUGUGGAUUUUGAUUCAAUUUUUAAUCAAAGUACAAGUGCAUUUUUAUUUGGAAGUCCUGAUAUUGUGCCCAUGUUUGCUCGAUAUGUAUCACAAGCACAUGAAGAGCAUUAUUCUCAUGAGGAAGAAGAUUUUGCUAAACGAGAUGCGUCCGAGUUAGAUGUUUGGGUUUUUCAGCGUUUAAAGAAUUUGUUUCAAAGUGCAAGUGACGAUGAUGUUUUACAGACACGAUUGAACACGAAUGGAGUGAUAAUAUUCUGUCAUUAUCUAGGAAUUGACUCGAACGGCCACGCUCAUCGACCUAAUUCUAUGAAUUAUUUAAACAAUAUUGCACUUGUGGAUGAACUUGUAGAAAAAAGCUACCGUUUUAUCGAAGACUAUUAUAAUAACGAUGGACGUACCGCAUAUGUUUUUACUGCUGACCAUGGAAUGAGCUUAAAAGGAGCUCAUGGAGAUGGUGAUCCCGCAAAUACACGGACUCCAUUAGUCGUCUGGGGGGCAGGUGUUCAAGGGCCUACAAAGGUGCAAGAGUUAAAUAAUUUUGACAUUAAUCUUCCAACGCAAUCUCGUGCUCAAGUACGUGCUCAACUACAAGCACAAGUGCAGCAAGAACAAAUUGCAAAGAAAACUUGGGGAAGUCUUUCUCAUUAUAUGCGCAAAGAUGUAAUGCAAGCUGAUGUUGCACCUCUUAUAAGUGCUUUGUUAGGACUGCCAUAUCCACGCAAUUCAGUUGGAGUCUUGCCAUUUUCGUAUCUGGCCAAGGGAGCGUAUCGAGCUAAAGCAGUACGGUCGAAUGCUCGACAACUGUAUCUGCAUGCAUUACGAAAAGAGCAAGAGAAAAAAUCACGCACUCUAUGGCACUUUGCUCCAUAUGGUCCAUUUCGAGACCGUGUACCAGAUCUGUUGCAAACUCUUGAGAGUGCGUAUAACGAGGAGAAAGAGAAAGGCUAUGAACAUGUCGAAGUAUUGAGUCAAGAGCUCAUUGACAUUUGUUUACGAUCGUUGGUGUAUUUCCAGCGAUAUGACUGGUUCUUUUUACUUAGUAUUGUGGUGUUGGGAUAUCUUGGAUGGAUGAUCGUGCUACUUAUUGCAUACUUACAUCCACGUAAAUUUACGUUGUUGUGGUUAAUUGGUCCACUCGGGAAGCAAGUAGACAUCAAAUUGUUCGUAGGACUCUUUGGAACGUUUCUAUAUCUAGCUCUUGAACAUUCUCCAUUCACGUAUUACCUCUAUGUAACAUUUCCACUUGUUUUCAGUCUCUUCGUGUGGAAUCAUACAAAUAUGAUACAACUAGACUGUGAUCAUACAAGAAGCAAGAUUACUUCGUACAGGUGGCUGCAGUAUGUUGAAAUUGCACUUAUUCUCGUAUGUUUAGAACUCGUUGUGUGGGGCUAUAAACAGCGUGAAAUUUUUGGGAUGCUUUUCGCGCUUCUUGCUUUUUGGCCAUUUGUUGGUCAUGUAUCAUAUUCUCAAAGAUAUGAACAGACAUUGGGCACUUCUACUUCACCGACUCGCUCGUGGACCAUCAGUUGUAUUCUUCUUUCGAUUUUUCCGUAUCUACCUACUGAAUACGGAGAACAUACUGCAUUGGUGCAUGUGGGUGGACUGUGUAUUGUGUUCUUUGCUGUUGCAGUACGGAGGUUCACACCAACAGACCACGUGCUCUGGAAACGCUCAACUUUUAUAGUCGGAGCGUUGCCACUUCUGCUAUCUUUAGUGACUCUACACAAAACGAUGCAGUAUCUUGACGGAGAUCGUAGCAAACCACCACUUUUUCUUACAAUUGCGAAUUGGUUAUUAGCUGGAACUCCAAUCGUGGCUCUUCUUGUCUAUAUUCAUCGAAGUGCUCGCAAUUAUGAAUUUGAUGAUCAAUUAGAUGAUGUCGAACGCUUCAUGAAACGUCUUGUGGAAGUGAUACUCGCAUUUGCUCCUUCAUUUAUUCUACUCAGUAUCGCGUACGAGACACUCUUUUACGUGGUACUCUGUUUCGUUCUUGUGAGUUGGUUACGGUUAGAAGCUCAAAUGGAACCUUCGGGUAUGUGGCGGGAAUUUCAACGUGCGUUUGUGUUUUUGCUACUUGUGAAUAUUGCUUUCUUUGGUACGGGCAAUGUCGCGAGUAUGAGUAGCUUUGAGAUUUCUUCUACCUAUCGCUUUGUCACAGUCUUUGCACCGUUUACUAUGGGCGCGUUAUUAAUUGGCAAGAUUCUCAUUCCAUUUAUGAUUGUGGCAUGCACAUUUCAUCUAAUUCUCCUGCUUCCAGCAACUUCAUCAUCAGUAGAUUCAAAUCAAUCUCGUUUGCCAGCAACGCGCUACUUUCUGCUGGUUGUUGCCAUGUCAGAUUUACUUGCACUUCACUUUUUGUUUUUGGUGAAAAAUGAAGGCAGUUGGAAAGAAAUUGGGAAUUCUAUCUCCAUGUUUGGAAUUGUAAAUGCUCAAAUUGUAUUCAUUCCGGUACUCUUUCUAUUAGCACGUACUUUUGUGAGAGGUCUUGUACCAGAUUGUGCUGACACAAUCUAUCAUGAGAAGAAAUAUCGAUAG